AUGGGUGAGAAGCGCAAGCUCGAGUCCGAUGGACUCACAAACCCUAACAAAUUUCGAAAACAGACGGCGCUGGACGAUGGUGAUCCGAUAUAUGAGGAACCUCAAUCUGAUGCAGAUUAUAUAUCUUCAGAUGAAGCCAGCGUCAAGAGUGAAAGUCUCCACGAGACUCCGGCGACACCUUUCUCAACGACCUCUGCCAAAUACCCUUCCGAGUUGAAAACUCACCGCUGCCCCUUCGAUUACUGCUCAAAGGCAUUUAAUCGACCAGCACGUCUUCAGGAGCACCUACGCUCUCACAACAAUGAGAGAAUCUUCAGCUGCACACAUGAGGGCUGCGAUAAGACCUUUCUUCGUGCGUCGCAUCUGAAUCACCACAUCAAAAGCGCCCACACUGGUGUCCGAGACUAUGUCUGUGACCGUCCAGGCUGCGGAAAGAGCUUUGUGACUGGCUCGCGACUCCGUCGACAUCUGGCUGCCCAUGAUGGACGAGACAAAUACCGCUGCACAGAAUACCCGCCGUGCAAUGAGACAUUUCGGAAGCACUCGACUCUCCAAAACCACGUCAUGACCGCACAUCUCAAGCAGAAGCCCUUCCAGUGUCUACACACGGACCCGACCACCGGCCAGAAAUGCCCAAUGGCUUUCGACACAGCCGGGCACUUGCGAGCACACGAGAGCCGAGUCCACACUGAGAAGCGAUUCAGCUGUACCGAAUGUCUUCAGCAGUCAGAGGCCACCUCGUCCGAGCUGUCCACCGUCACAUUUCCGUCUUACGCCCUUCUACAGGCCCAUAUUCGUUCCGUCCACCCUCCCCAAUGCCCGAACUGCUCCCUUACCUGUGCCUCAUCCCGCGAACUGCGGCGCCAUCUCGAAGUCGCCCACGGCGACGUCAGCCUCGAGGAAAGAAAAGUCUUCCCCUGCACCGUCUUCGGCUGCGACCGCAGCUUCACCAAGAAAGGCAACCUGACCGUCCACAUCCGCACGGUGCACCAGGGCGAGAAACGCUUCGCCUGCGGCGAGACGGACCUCUCCUCCUCCAAAAAGGUCGUCGGGUGGACCGGUGAGGGUUGCGGCAAGCGCUACGGCAGCAAGCUCGCGCUCGAAGAACACAUCCGCACCGCGCACCUGGGGUAUCCGAACGCCAAAGCCGAGCGACGCGAGCGCCUCGGCUCAAGCGCGACGCAGCCGGAUCCAACCUCCAGCGCCAGCAGUACGCGCGGCUUGUCCGCGCUGGCCGCGCUCACGGGCGAGGGCUACGCCGAGGAAAGCGGGCGGCGUAUCGCGUGUCUGGACGCGGCGUGCCUGCAUCGCUUCCACAGGGACUACGAUCUCUGGGUCCAUAUGAGCGGCAAGCACCGCCUCUCCGAGGACGAGAUCCGGGAUCUAUUCCUGCGACGCGCGCUGUUGGCAGACGGCCGCGGCGGUCCCUCGGAGGAACUUUUUGGCGGGAUAUACGGGCUCGAGUUCGAUAACGAUGACCCAUCGUCUUAUGAGCCGUAUGUGCUCAACGAGACCGUGCCGUUCUCUGGGGUGGGUACGGCUGCGGCUGACUUUGGUGGCUUGCCGACGCACGACUCGGAUGUGCUGAUGCAAGACCAUGUUGAUUCUACGAUACCCAUGAGCGAUGACAUGGCGCUGAUUGAUCCUGUUUUGGCGUAUAAUAUGAUUGAUGCAUAG